AGGUAAGCGUUAUGGUUAGGUAAAAGGGUAGGGACGUCCCAAGGAUCCCUGAUAGCAAUGUUUGGUGCUGCUGCGUCAUCAGAAGCAGUCUCACGCAUGCGUCUCUGUGAGUUUAAGCGGUCGAAGUGUCAGCAGCUAGGUACAGGCAGCGGCAAAAGAAAACCAGCUACAGUCCAGUGCUAGCCCCGACCACCGCAAGGACACAGGGCACAUGAACAGUAGAAUGGCUGCGUCUUCGAGCAGGGUAACUGGGCCACUCGUUGCUGCCAUUGACCAGGGUACGAGCUCGACGCGGUUCCUGGUGUUCAAUGCUAAAACAGCCGAGCUCCUCAGUCACCACCAGGUUGAGAUCAACCAGAGUUUCCCCAAGGAAGGGUGGGUGGAAGAGGAUCCCAAAGAGAUUCUGCAGUCUGUGUACGAGUGUAUGGAGAGAACCUGUGAGAAACUCACCCAGCUCAAUAUUGACAUCUCCAACAUCAAAGCCAUUGGAGUGACCAAUCAGAGAGAGACCACGUUGGUUUGGGACAAAGAGACAGGCGAGCCCCUCUACAAUGCUAUCGUGUGGCUGGACCUGCGGACCCAGUCGACCGUGGAGCGUCUGAUCAACAAGACACCUGGGAGAAACAAGAACCAUUUGAAGCACAAGACUGGUCUCCCAAUCAGUACGUACUUCAGUGCUGUGAAGCUUCGCUGGCUGAUGGAUAAUGUGGACGAGGUCGCUGAGGCAGUCCUGACACACAGAGCCAUGUUCGGCACCGUCGACUCCUGGCUCAUCUGGUGUCUGACAGGGGGGAAGAGUGGGGGAGUCCACUGCACAGACGUGACCAACGCCAGCAGGACCAUGCUGUUUAACAUCCACACCCUGGACUGGGACCCAGAGCUUUGCAAGUAUUUUGAUAUUCCAAUGGAGAUUCUCCCAAAAGUGAGGAGUUCCUCAGAAAUCUACGGCUUAAUGAAAUCGGGCUCUCUUAGUGGCAUACCCAUCUCAGGGUGUCUUGGGGACCAAUCGGCUGCUCUUGUUGGACAGAUGUGCUUUCAGGAAGGGCAGGCCAAAAACACAUAUGGAACUGGCUGCUUUCUACUCAGAAACACUGGAGCCAAGCCUGUCAUGUCGGACCAUGGCCUACUAACCACGGUGGCAUACAAACUAGGUCGAGACAAACCUGCCUGCUACGCGCUAGAGGGCUCAGUGGCCAUAGCGGGGGCUGUGGUUCGCUGGCUGAAGGACAACCUGGGGAUCAUUCAGACUUCCACAGAGCUGGAGAAACUGGCGGCUUCAGUGGGCACGUCGUAUGGUUGUUACUUUGUCCCGGCGUUCUCUGGUCUGUACGCUCCCUACUGGGAGCCCAGUGCACGAGGGAUAAUCUGUGGUCUGACUCAGUUCACUAACAAGAGUCACCUGGCCUUCGCUGCAUUGGAAGCUGUCUGUUUCCAGACUCGAGAGAUCCUGGAUGCGAUGAACCAGGACAGUGGCAUCCCUCUGACCCAGCUCCAGGUGGACGGGGGCAUGACCUCCAACAGACUACUGAUGCAGCUGCAAGCUGAUAUACUCUGCAUCCCCGUUGUGAAGCCCUCCAUGCCUGAGACCACUGCCCUGGGGGCAGCCAUGGCUGCGGGGGCAGCAGAGGGGGUCAGUGUCUGGAGCCUGCGUCCUGAGGACCUCAGUGAGGUCACCUCUGAGAAGUUUGAGCCACAAAUCAACCCUGAAGAGAGUGAGUUUCGAUAUGCUCGCUGGAAGAAGGCCGUACAGAGAGCCAUGAACUGGGAAACCACUGAACCCAUCUCUAAUGGAAAUGGCCACAGGUAGACUGUGGCCCGUGAUGCAUUGCAGUGGAUCAGAAGGGGCGGGUCCAGGAAAGGACACACCCUGCUCUUCUUCAGUUUUCCCGGACCACUCCCUCCCCGUACCUUUGGUUGAAUGGCCAAAACACAAACGUUCCAAUCCAACCGUUACCUGGGAACCCAACUGUUGGCCUGGAGCCCAGUAGCUGAUGGGAACUGUAGUGUGGAAUGGACCCAGUAUGAAUAAAUCUGGUGUUUAGGAAUGAUGUUGCUCUACAUCCUAAUGGACAUUGCUCUUCUUGUGUGACUGCGUGAAUGGGGGGUGGUGAAUAUGGGAUGGGUUGUGUAUGCAAUAUCUAUCCAUGUCAUUUUUGGUUCCUUGUUUUUGGUCAACGAUCAGUUUGUCGAAGGAUAUUCACUAAUGUAGUGCUGUUCACGGAACACAACUCUUCCUCAUCUAAUCCAAAAACACAAUCUGUCAAUUGUAACAUUGCCCUGCUGUCACUGUCACACAUUCCUCCCUUCACUGUUGUGCUUGAACGAAUUCUCCCAAUGUUAUCUUGGGUUCUGAAUGAGUUCUCCCAAUGUUAUCUUGGAAAGGUAGCCUGAUGUUGGUAAGGGCCUUGCAAUGAACUGCAAUGUGGGUUUCUGGAGCACGUUAGAUUUUGUCCUGGGUUUGUUUAGUAUGUAAAUGGUCUGAGAGAUGAACCUUUUCUAACCCUGUUUGGUUGAACCCACUGCCUGGAGAGCAGAACUUGAAUCUCGUGGCCCUAAGAAAUGGUAAUGCAGGGUUAUUGUAAAGGACUAGUCUUUGUGGUUACUUUCAAGUUGCCAUGUAUAUAGACAGACUGGUUAAGGAUAUAGUUGCCCUUAUGCACUGAUUUGGAGGUGGUUAGUGUUCCCCUCUUAGGGAGGACUGGGGUAAGCUGAUCCUAGAUCUGGGGCAACUUCACUUCUAAGUGAGAGUUUGUCCCAUAUGGUACUGUUCUCUAUGUAGAGUAUAACCUUUGACUGGGACGCAGCCUGAGUAAGGGACCCAUUGUAUAUGAUUUAAUGUACCAAAAAGAAAUGUCUCUAUGGCAACUGAAUACUACUGUAAAUUUGGCCAAUGGAUGCCUUGUCCAGAGUAAGCAUUUUAAACACAGUAAGUAAAAUAGAUAAAGGUUUCAGGUUGGAAGACACCAGACUUUAAAGGCUGGAUUCAAUCCAUAUCUUGGAAGAUCUGCAUUACAGCUGGUU